CCCUACUUUGAGCUUCCAUUGGGUUCUACGACGUCGGCGUUGGCACCCAUUGCAGUUGGUGCUUCCUCUUAAUGUGAUGCCCAUUCUGCUGAAUUUUUUCUCGAGCAUUUCAUAUUAUUUUUCUGUCAAUUUUCUUGGUUAAUUGUUCAUCGGUGAUUGGAAACGUGAAUUUUCAUAUUAUUGAAUACAACAAUGUCGUUCAAUCGUGGGAUCAAAAGGAAUUCCUUUAGCAACAAUCGAAAUCCAUUCAACCGAGGGACUGCAAGCGGUAGUGUAGGCGUUGGGAGUGUGGCGAGUUCUGGGGGUAGCAGUAGUGGUAAUCGUGGGGUCAGCCCAUGGGAGAGUGGAGUAAUGCCACCAGGACGAGGCAUUCUACCAACACCGACCAACAAUUUAUCGCUGAACUCACCACAGGCUCAGCUGGUUAUUGCUAGUAACCUUUUGACUAAUUUACUGAGGACUCAACAAGACCCCUCACCAGCGGUGCCAUCCUUACUGAGCCUCGGCAGUAACUUAAAUCUCGGCCCCAACUUCCGCAACCAACAGGCGUUCAGUGCUCCAGGUCGCUUCACCGAUAGACAGGUCAGAAGCAACAGCUUGAAAAAUCAACGAUCUCAGCCCUACAACAAGAUGGGUAACCGUGCCCGCGACGGAUGGCGUGGCCCAUCAUCCGUACAACAAUCUCGUUCCCAGUCCGGCAAUCAGCGUGCCAAUGGAAAUCGAAAUCAGCAUCGCAACGAUAAAAACUCUAAAGCAAAUACUGCUAAACAAAAUCAGACGAUCAAAAAGGAACCAGAGGAUGUUCAGAACUCUGAUAAAGAAAAGCCGAAUACCGAGACAGUUGUUACAAGCAAUGACCAAGGAGAUGUGCAAGACGAAAACACCCAUGUUAAAAUUGAGAACGACGAUGAAGCGCCAAUGGAGAUUUCCCAAGCGAUGAAUACCCCUGAAGAGGAAAAAGACUCUUCGGAUGCUCCAGGUUCUGCAGACAAGAAAAAGGAUGACGGAAAUGGGAAAAAGUCAGAGGCCAGACAUGCUGAGAGCCGUUAUGCGGUUGUUGCCAUUAAUCAGAUGUUCUGUCACGUGUGCAACAAGCACAUGUGGGAUGGAUUUUCAUUCGAAAAUCAUCUUCGAGGACGGGCUCAUCAGAUUAUGAUGGAUAAGCAUGAUGAAUCGUAUAAGCUGAAGGUCGAUCUUAUGCGACAUGAGCUGCGAAUCGCGGAGGAACAGAGGGAGAUGAGUUUGAAUAAUUCGAAACGUCGCGGCAAGAGGGUUGCGGUGGACCUAAACGUUCGUGAGUACUGCACAAUGUGUGACUUGAACUUCUUCGGAACACUUUCGAGUCACAGAAAGAGUGACAAGCAUCAACAACUGAAAACCUUCCUGCAUCCUCGCUGUGGUCCUUGCGUCAAAGAAUUCCACUCAAGAAUAGAAUACGACGAGCACUGUCUGACCCCUAGCCACAUGGUGGCUGUAGCGACAGAGGAGAAGAAGAAGAGUACGAAAAUCAAACUCCCUAAGGGGGAGUCUGAGGUUCGAACAGUUGAGGACGAAGAGAAAGAGGUAGGAUCAGUCGCCAAGGUUAUCGGAAAGGACGAAGAAAUCUUAGACGAGACUCAGUACAUCACGGACAUCAGCGAGAAUAUGGAUAUGAGUAAGGUGCCCACUUUCCGGGCAGCACGUCAUAAGGGACUUGGGCUUGGCGCUUCCAUGGUGAAGGAGGUUACAGGGUUUCACUGCGAGAAAUGCAAACGUUUCAUGUUGACGCAGGAGGAUGUAAAGGCUCAUUUGAAGACCAUGAUUCACUACAGGCACUUUUUCAGCGAGAUCAAAGCUCUGCAGGCACCUUCACAAAGUGAAGAGAAGUCUGAAGAAAGUAAGGAUGCGGAGAGUAAAGAUGACGACGAGUCUGCUGCAACAGAGGGUGAUGAAAUUGCAGCCAAACGUCCAAAACUCGAGAUAGGUGAUCAGCAAGAUCAAGAAAAAUCGUCGGAAGAGGCGAACCCUCUGCCCGCUGAAGAGGAAGAAGUAGCUGAAGAUUAUGAUAACGAGGAAGGAGACGACAAAUACGAUCCCAUGGAGGCUGAAGGAGAAUCUGAGGAAGAUAAAGAUAAAGCUGAGGGGAAUGGAGCGGAAGAAGCAGACAAUUCCAAAAAAGAGGACAACAAAACUGCUGACGUUUGGGAGGAUAUCGACAACGAAGAUGAGUCACAAGUCGGUAAUUUGAUUGAUAGCGAUGAGAAAGUCGAGUCUAUUCCGGAAACUUCUUCGCCCAAAAACAAACAGCCCGAAAAUACCACCAGUCCAGCUGUUUCAACACCUGUCACCACUCCAUCGACCCCUGCCACCCCUUCAACCCCCACUGCUCCUCAGCCUGCAAUAAUCAACAAAACUCCCAACAAUUCGCCCGCUAACACCCACUCCGCGGGUAAGAAUCGUGGUCGGGGAUUCCGCGGUGGUGGGCCCAGGGGACACCAACGAGCUAGACGUUCUCGGCGAUAAACUAUUCAAAUCGAUAAUCAAUUAUCAGAACGACAAACAGACGUAAUAAUUCCUUGUCUAUGUAAAUCUUAUCGCGUAAUGUCAGUGUGAUGAGUUCAAUAUGUAGGUAAUUACAAAAUUUUUAUAAUAUGCACUUUGUGCUCACUAUUAACUAGGACUUAUAUUCUCUUUUCUUCGACAUGCAUAUGAUAGGGUGUUCAUUAUAGCAAUUUACUGUAGAUCUUGAAUUUCGGAGGACUUUUGUUCAUCUUGUGCGUUGAGUAAUUAUAACGUUUAAAUAAAACGUGAAGUUUCAUUCCAGCAAUUCGAUUAGAUAUGAAUAUACUACAUGAGUCAUUGAUUUCUCCGCUGUAUUAUGAAAGUCAGUAAUAAAUAAAUCAUCUGUGGUGGAAUUUGAAAGAA